AUGUCCACAAACUCAAGAAUGAGAUUGGUUAGAGAUCUUUAAAAACUCAAGUAAAUGAUUCCACAAGGAUUUUAAGCUGCACCCUUCGAUGAUAACAUCUUAUUAUGGGAAGCUGUCAUCUUCGGACCAGAUCAAACCAUCUGGGAUGGAGGCAUCUUCAAGUUACUUCUUGAAUUCACAGAAGAAUAUCCCCUCAAACCCCCCAAUGUCAUAUUUAAGACCAAGAUCUUCCAUCCCAAUGUUUACACAGAUGGCAAGAUUUGCUUAGACAUUUUGUAAAAUCAAUGGUCCCCCAUCUAUGACGUAUGGGCUAUUCUCACGUCGAUACGUUCUCUGCUCAACGACCCAAAUCCUGAUUCCCCUGCGAAUAGCGAGGCAGCCAAAUUGUACUUAGAAGAUAAAAUAACCUAUUUCAAGAGAGUCGAAGAAUGUGUCGAAGAGUCCUGGAUCGAUUGA